AUGGCCGCCGAGGACGUGUCUCCGCUCACCUCGCCGCCCGUCCUCGCGAGGGACAACCGCGACGACGACUACUACGCCCACGCCCACACGGGGGUCGUCGUCACCCCCCACGCCCUGGAGGAGAGGCUCUCGGAGGCGCCGGAGGACAGGGACUCCGCGGGGGACAAAGCCAACGCAGGGAGGGGCGCCUCGACCUCCCCGCCCACACACAGAGCGCCCGUGGCCAGCCCGCAGCUCAGGAGGACGCCCCCAGCCCACAGCCCCCACAGACUGAGUCCCCCCGCCCACACGCCCGAAGACGACCGCCCACCGAGCCCUGCAGCCGCCCACACGAGGAGCCGAGCGCCCCUCGCCUUCUCCAUCGACCGCAUCAUGGAGCCGACGCCCAAGAGAGCCAAGGUGACGGAGGCCGGGGGCGUGUUCCCUUCCUCGAGCGCCACCGAGGGCUCUCAGCAAGCCACGCCUCUUGCCCCGCCUCCAGCCCCGCCCACGACCGCCCACCUUAGCCCAGCGCCCGCCCACAGGCUCACGCCCCACGCCCUGUCCGCGUUUACGAGACUGGACCUCCUGAAGGCGCGGCCGCAGUGCCAGGUCGCCACCUCCUGUACCUCCUCGCUCCUGUACACUUCGGCAUCGACGAAGGGCGUGCCGGACGGGCCCCCCCCUCGCCCCUUCGACCUCUCCAUGGGCUCCUCCCCUCGCGUCUCCGCCCCCGCCCACGCCCCCACCUCCACCACCACCACACAUACCUCCAGCGUGGGCGUGCAGGACCUCAAAUCGCCCUCUUCUGCGCCUCCGUCAACGUCUCCGGGGGCGCCGCCCACGAGGGGGUCGAGCUCCCCCGCGGCGCUGACCCCACAGGCGAGGGUGGUGGGGGAGGCUGUGGCCCCCUCCCCCGCGCAGCGCGUCGACCCCAGCGCUCAUGCUGACGGCACCGCCCCCCCUCCUCCUGCACCUCCUCCACCUCCCCCUCCCCCUCCUUCCGGUGGUAUCAACUCUUCAAGCCACGCCCCCAACUCCGUCACGGUCACGCCCAUCAAGAAGACCCUAGGCACCGGGGGCGUGGCUAAACCGGCCAAAACAUUCACCUGCCCUGAGUGUGGAAAAGUGUUUAACGCGCAUUAUAACCUCACGAGACACAUGCCCGUGCACACUGGAGCCCGACCCUUUGUGUGUAAGGUAUGUGGCAAAGGCUUCCGCCAGGCAUCCACUCUCUGUCGCCACAAAAUUAUCCACACGUCGGAGAAGCCACACAAAUGCCCUACGUGUGGGAAGUGUUUUAAUAGGUCCUCCACCCUGAACACGCACGUGCGCAUCCACCAGGGCUACAAGCCGUACGUGUGCGAGUUCUGCGGCAAGGGCUUCCACCAGAAGGGCAACUACAAGAACCACAAGCUGACGCACUCGGGCGAGAAGGCCUACAAGUGCCACGUGUGCAACAAGGCCUUCCACCAGAUCUACAACCUGACGUUCCACAUGCACACGCACAACGACAAGAAGCCCUUCCAGUGCUCCAUCUGCGGCAAGGGCUUCUGCCGGAACUUCGACCUCAAGAAGCACAUGCGCAAGCUGCACGAGAACGGCCCCUACGUGUCGCCCUCGCCGGCGGGCUCCCCCGGCAGCGACGCCGCCAUCACCUCCAGCGCCUCCGCCCCGCCGCCGCCGCGCCAGUUCUCCGUGCUGCCCUCGCUCAUGGGCGCCUCCGCCUCGCUGCCCACCAGCAUGAGCAUGGGCAGCCUGGGCUCGCUGUCGCACCCGCCGCCCACCAUGCCGCCCCCGCUCCCCGCCCACUUUAUGAACCCCUUCCUGAUCGCGCCGCCCGCCCUGCCCGCGGGCGCCGCGGCUCCCUUCCUCCACAAGAUCCCCUCGCUGCUGGGCUGAUGGCUCCUGCUGGCUCACCUCGCCGCAGCCGCAGUCACGGCCUCCUCCUGACCCCUGCGCUUGCUGCGCCUGCUGCGUCGCCGCCUCCUGGGGAAUGCUGCUCUUGCUGCGGCCGCGGCGUCGACCUCAUGCCAAAGAACCUCGAUUUAAUGAAAGAUGCGCGGUCGACAACGGGCGUUUGCGUCUCCCCUGCCACGCCGGGAUCACCGAGAUGCUUGGGUGUGUUCCUAAUGGCUCGCUCUCCCUUUUACUCUCUUUCGGACGGACGCAGCUGAGAGAGAGAGAGAGAGAGAGAGAGAGAGAGAGAGAUAGAGAGAGAGAGAGAGAGAGAGAGAGAGAAGCGGGGAAAAGAAGCAGAGACGCGACCGUUUCGCUCCUCCAUGGGGAAAUCAUGCGGAAAAUCUCGACGACGGAAACGCUGUACGUUCACUUCCUGUCGAUGUUUCUCUCCCCCUACCUCCUUCUCCUCCUCCUCCUCAUCUCCUCCCCUUUUCCUUCUUUCCUCCACCUUCUCCCCUCCUCCCCUGCCCUUCUUUCCU